AUGUUUGGAUCCAAUUCAUUGUUUGGUAAUUCCAACGGUAAUUCCAAUGGUAAUUCCAACAACGUUAACAACGUCAAUGGAAAUAUGAGUAACAUGAGAAACAACAAUGGGACAAAUACAUUUUCAUUUGGAUCCAACAGCCAGGCCAACAAGCCGACGGGAGGAUUCUCCUUUGGGGGUAAUAAUCAAACGAAUAAUGGAAUCAGUAACGGCGGUAGUAACGGUGGUGGUACAUUAUUUGGAGUGAACAAAAGUGCAAGUAAACCAUCUGGAUUGUCCUUUGGCUUCAACAACAACAACAAUAACAACAACAACAACAACAUCAACACCAACAACAUCAACACCAACAACAUGGGCUCAUCAUUAUUUGGCUCAAAGCCAAAUGCGAAUAUUUUUGGAAAUUCACAGACUGGCCAGACAAGACUGAAUACUUUGAAUCAAGGGCUGAGUGGAAGUAUGAUGCAACAGCAGCAACAAGAACAACAGCAACAACAGAAUCCAUAUAGUAGUGGCUUGGCCAGUAUGACAGCGAAUAUUUCCGAGAUGCCCAAGUCAUUAACAUCGCCUGCUUCCACUGAUGAUCCCAAAUUGAAGCGAAAACGGUCUACGUCAUCUACACUGUCGGUUCCGGUACACGAAUUCGCAGGGAGAGCGGGUUCCCUUCCAUUUCUUGGUAGCUCAGGAGAAUCUUUUAAGAAGAUGGGUGGAUACUCGGUGGAGAACGUUUCUGGUCUUUUCUCUGGGGCCAGAACUUCUGCUGAUGCUCAGAGUAUACCGAAUAAUGAUACAACCAAGGGCCAAACGAAGGAUGAGCUGGCUGCUUAUAGUCAACUGCAUAACGUUCCAAUCAAGAAGUUCGAGUACAGAAGAUUAGUGAUUAGACAUUCUAGAGAUGCCUUUAAAAAUUAUAAAGAGAUCGAUGCCAAUCAGGUAUUACUUAAAAAGAUUAAUGUCAAAUCGGUUGUUGCUUCAGGACGGUCUGUCUCUGAUUUUAGACCUCCGAAUAAGAAGCUGAAGUUGGAAACGGAGAAUGUGAAAGAAGAUGGCCAUGAAAUGGGGGAAAGUAUCACACCGAACGAAAAUCAACUUGUUGUUGAAGUGAGCGAUGGUCCUCCCAAGACGGAUGAGAUUAGUGAAGAUAAAAAUGACGGUGGCUAUUGGUGUUCUCCGUCCAUUCAGGAACUUUCAGAGAUGCCUUCUGCCGACUUGACUAGUGUUGAAAAUUUCACUGCCGGAAGAAGGGGCAAUGGACAAGUUAGCUUUCGAAUGCCUGUUGAUCUUUCUGAUUUCCAAGGCUGUUGGGACCUCUUACUAGGCAAUACAAUUGAAUUCAGAAAGAAAGUGUUGUGUAUAUAUGAAAAGUCUGAUCCGAAACCUUUGCCCGGUAACGGAUUAAAUGUUCCUGCGACUGUUACCAUUGAAGGAUGCUAUCCAAAGGACAAAAUAACCAAAAAUGUGAUUAAAGAUCCCCAGUAUCCUGGAUUGACUGGGCAUAUCUUUAGAUUGAAGAACAUGGAUGGGGCUGAAUUUCUUAAUUAUGAUCCUGUUAACGGUGCUUAUACAUUUGGCGUCGAGCAUUUUAGUAUUUGGGGUAUGGUUGAUGAGGACGAUGAUGAUCCUGAACUGGUUGCGAAAUGGCGGGAACAGCAGACGAGGGAGCGCGCGUUAAAAGAAAACGGAGAUCAAAUGAACAAGACUGCCUUGGAGAAUGCCAAUAAAUAUCAAGAGAGCUUUAUUCAGGAAACGCAAGAGAUGCAGGGUGAAUGGGAACUCACUCGUUCAAGAAAGCAAGAAAACGAGGGGGAAGCACAGCAUGAAUCACCUGCAGAACCUGAAGUUGAUGAUGAUAUGGAGCUGUUAGAGACCUCUGUUGACGAGCCGGUGGACUUUAAUAACUUAGUUCAUGUUCGAGCUUAUGAACCUGAAGUUAAUGAUAUCGAUAUGAUGGCCAUAAAGCAUGAUACAGAGUAUCCCGUGAACAAAAACUGGGAUGAGCAGCUUGCUUUGUCGUCUGGAUUUUGCUCUGUAUUCAACAGGGAUUUAUUAAAGGCUAAGAAUGUUAGCAUGGAUGCCAAAACUAUGAAUCAGAUUCUCUUCAAAGAUCAGAAGUCUUCAGAACUUCAAAAGGGUGUCACAGAAGUGCCUAAAAACUUUGAUCUUCUUCCACAGUAUAGGGAAGUUUUAGGUUUUGAAAUAUCUAGAGUCUGUUUUCAGGAGAGAUCGAACAGUAACUUCCCUGCAGUGAAGUUUGAUCAGAGUGUUUCACUCAACUCCACGUUGCACGGAUUUGAAGGUACCACUAACUAUGAAUGUUGGCACUUUUUGGCUAUCUUGUUUGAUGACAAUUAUUGCUCAGCACAUUUGGAAUCAAUGGACGUCGUCUUCUGUGAGCACAAGCUUACGUUGAGAGGGACUGUCUUGGAUUUGAAGCGUCGUGAACUACUCAGUGUUUGGCUACUCAAGCUGGGAGGAGAUACCACGAGAUCCAUAAUGAAGAAGGGAGCAUUGCGUGAUCCUCUUGAAGAAAUAUACAACUUGCUCUGCCUGAACAGACUUGGUGAUGCAGUGAAAGUUGCACUCAAGAUGGCUAGUAGUCAUAUUUCCGUGUUAAUUAGCGCUCUUGGCUCCAAUGAUUCUAUGGUCAAAAAUCUAGCUUCAGGCCAACUUGCUGAAUGGUCCAAGACAGGCACAGCUCAGUACAUUCCGCGUCCUAUUUUGAAAGUUUAUAAACUCUUAUCUGGUGCUAUUCUUUCGGAUGAUUAUGUUCCUCACCUUGAAGGCUUGAGCUGGCCUACAGUUCUCUUUUUGCUGCUAAAAUAUGGUGAUACAAACAAGCCUAUAAGCGAAGCUUUAAGUUCCUUCUUCAGCUAUGCCGAGUCUACUCCAUCAUUAUCACCAUCAGCUGACGAUAGCGAUUUUAUUUACUACCAACUGAUUAAGAUAUUUACUGGUCCAAAGGAGGUACUUAAUAAUUUUGACAUUGAGCUGCAGUUCAUGCUAGUGAAAAAGCUCAAUCUCCUCUUGAACGUUGAACCAGUUGUCUCUGAUAAGAUUUGUGAAUGUCUUGCCGAGAAGCUUGUGACAUUUAAAGACUACCGUGGGGCUAUAUUUGUCUGCGAACAUUUGACUGAUGAUUCUAAGGCAGAUCAAAUGAUAACCAAAAUUGUUCAGGAGCAUAUAGAUACUUUGGGUUUCCUAACUAGCAACGAGAAGCUUCAAGAACUUCAUAGAACGUUAGGAAUUCCAUUGGAUUUUUUGAAUGAGGCCAGAGCCCUUCGAUUCUCCAGCAAGGGAGAGUACGAGUCCGCAGCGAGGUCAUUAAUUGAUGCUCAUAAACUUGAGAUGGCUCAUAAACUCACUUUAGAGAGAGUGGCACCUGAAUAUGUUAUUGGCGACUCAAAUUUUACUCAAUUCAAAGAUAUACUCCGUCACUUCAAACUGCUUUCUAACUGGAGUAUAGGGGGAGAGCUCUACUAUGAUUAUGUCAAACUUAUUGGGAUGGAAAUCAGUAAGGAUAUAGGCUUGGACAACAAUAAUAGUGUGAAGCUGUUGGUAAGCAAACUGCUAAAUACCCUACCGAUGUUGGAGGAAGCCAACUUCCAGGUCAAAGUAGCUAAGACUAUAAUGUGCAAAAGAAUAAUAGGGCUAAUAUUCAACUUUGCUCUUGAUUACACAGCCCCUCAGCUACUUUCUUUGAAUCUUCCGCCAAGUGAGAUGAACUAUCUUAAGCAUAAGCUUCCUGUUUCAAACAGUAUUGAGAAAUGA